ACCAAUACGAAAUCAAAGCAAAAUUGGAGAAACAAGUUCUUCCAACUCGGUUGUGUGUAUUUUUAGUAAAUAUUUAAGCCGUUUUAGAUUUAUUUAAAAAAACCUCACCAAAACAUGGAGUCUACUCAAGCUAAUAACUAUGAACCGUUAGAAGGUCGUGGAAUGAAUAAUAGGCAUGAACCUAUGGACAGUCCAGAUACAGACGGCCGUGCACCUACUGAUCAAAAACAUGCAGUCUACUUAGCAUUGUUGGCAGCGGGUAUUGGUUUCGUUUUACCUUAUAACAGUUUCAUCAUAGCUGCCGAUUAUUGGAAAGUGAGAUUCCCUGAGCGCACUGUAGCGCUGGACAUGUCAAUGACAUAUAUCUCCGUAGCCUUCACAACUGUGCUGCUCAACAAUGUAUUCCUCACCCUGGCACCAUUUCGUGUACGUGUCCUAUUUGGCUUCCUUAUUUCGUUUACGACGUUAAGUUAUGUGGCUUUCUGCGAGGUGGGAUGGCAUGCAUUUGCGGAUAGCUUCGCAUACUCAACUAACUUGGUAGCUGUUGGUUUAGUAGCUGUGGGAUGCACGGUGCAACAAUCAAGUUUUUAUGGAUUUGCUAGCAUGUUGCCAAAGCAAUAUACUCAAGCAGUUAUGGCUGGUGAGAGUAUUGCCGGAUUUUUGGUUUCUUCCAAUAGAGUUGUCACUAAAUUGCUCAUAAAAAAUGAUGACGUGUCAACAAUGAUAUUCUUUUUUACAUCAACAUUUUACGUAGUAUUCAGUUACAUGCUUUACUUGGCUACGAGGAAUUCUCCCUUUGUGCGGUAUCAUAUGAAAGCAUGUGCAGUGAUUGUUUUGCGUCCCGAUGAAUCUCGUUUGAAUGAAGUAGAUGUCGAUUCAACUUCAGCUAAGUAUGGUGUCCUUUCCGUGGAAUCGACAAGUCCAUCAGCAAGUAAAAUUAAUAACGGCAACACAGCUCUUAGCUUUAGCAAUCCUGUAUAUGAGCUAUCCAAUCCAACAGCUGGAGAAAGUGUUAUUGAUGGUCUCAACAACUUACCGGACAUACCGAGCACACCGCAAGAACCAGCAACACCAACUACAGUAGCGUUUAAAGUUGAGCAUGUUUUAACUCCAUCUGCAUGCACUCCCAGUAAAUGGAGUGAUGUAAGAAAUGGGUUUUUGCUUCGUUGGCGAGUCGCUCAUGCCAUUUACCCUUAUAUGGUUUGCAUCGCAUUGGCAUACGCUGUUACACUCUCUCUUUACCCUGGCAUCGAAUCAGAGAUUGUAUCUUGCACACUGGGUACUUGGAUGCCAGUGCUACUUAUGUUCGCCUUUAAUGCUUCUGAUGUCAUUGGAAAAAUUUUAGCAGCUGUACCGUAUGCAUGGUCGCGCAGACAAUUGAUUUUGAUGUCAGGAUUGAGAGUAGUCUUGGUUCCCUUGUUAUUACUUUGCUGUGCGCCGCGUCAUCAGCCAGUUGUAUCAGGUGAUACAGCUGCUUUCGUAUUCACAAUUGCGCUAGGUCUAAGUAAUGGAUUAGCUGGUAGCUUACCUAUGAUGUUGGCACCAGCCAAAGUACCAGGCACAUUAAAAGAAGUCACUGGCAACAUGAUGACCCUCUCUUACAAUGUGGGUCUCACAGUUGGAUCACUGAUUGGUUAUAUUUUUGAAGCAAUGUUAGGGUACCCCACAUAUCCUCCAUGCCCAACUCUUCCAUAUGUGGACCACAUGACGACGUCUACAACCACUUCAACUACCACAACAACACCAGCGUCUACUACAAUGAAUUCUACAGCUUUAGCUGCAGCGCUUUUCACAACAACAAUGACAACUUUAUUUCCAACAACUGAAGCGGCAUCAGUAUUUCCAGCAACAACACCCACAACAAUGUUGGCCGCAACAACAACACAAUCCACUACAGUUCUCGCCACAACAAUAGCUAAUAUUAUGUCCACUGUUGCUAGCAUUCCGGAUAUUUUAAGCGCAGCAAUGACAACCGUUGCAACAGCGGUGACAUCAAUAGGUGAUAUAAGCGCUGAGAUUGGUGGCAGUACUACAGACCCACAGACACCAAUGGAUCUAAUGAAGCAAAUUUAAAGGAAGAAACAGGGGAAGUUUUUAGAUAUUAAUUCAAAUUUGGAUAUAGAAUUGUGAUGAAACAAACUAUGGUUGAGAUUAUUUUUAAAUUUUUUUUUGCUAAGGGCGGAGAUAGUGAAAUAUACGGUACGAUAGUUGUAAGUAUAGGCGUAAGUUUGUAGACGUUAGUCAACAAGAGUAGGAAGUUAAAACCAUUCAAUCCGCUGAAGAAGAAAAAGAGGAAUAUUUUUUUUAGAAAGAAUUACAAACAAAACUGUUUUAGAAGGACUGAUGUUUUGAAUGUUUUGCAUUUGCUGUACAGCUUAACUUUUUAUUUUAACACAUAUGGAGCUUAAUAUAAGCAGAAGUAAUACUUAAAUGAUUA